AUACGCUGAUCAUUUCUAUAUGAGAGACGCCGACGGUACAGUGAAGUACUACCGGAAUCUCUACAAGGCAAUCGGCGUGCAUUUUCUAGUGGAGGUGCGAGGUCGUGCUGGGAGAUUUUCUUUUGUCAAUUUAAUGCUUAACGUGGGCAGUGGCAUGGCGUUGAUGGGCGUU